ACGCGCAUGCGCAACACCACCGAGUGCCCGACACUAUUUCCGUCUAAAUACGAGUUUUGCCAACUCCAGCAUGUGACGGUUUCAUCCGUGUGGUUCUUCUCCGGAGACCGGACGGAACCGGUGACUAUGGCCGCGGAUGUGACUGUGUCCCGGGAGACACUAACAGGUGCUCUGACCCGGCUCGUCAACCAGAGCAAGGCUCUGCUACAGAAGGCCAAGCAGGACGCAGAAGUCUCCCUGGAGAAGCUGGUUCCAUAUGAAAUCACCGCGUUAUUUGGCCUCAUGGCAGCUGGCACAGACUUCUAUGACAGCCUCGGCGUGAAGAAGAAGAGUGAUGCAGAGGCCGUUUGGCGGAAGUUUUAUAACCAUGCAGCGGUGAGAGAGCUGGUGGACGAGUUUCUGGAGCUGGAGAGCGAGUGGGACGCGUUCCUGGAGAACGUGGACAAAGGUUUGCAGGUCACCGACAGGAAGCUCGCAGGAGCCAAGAUGGCCGACGGCGUGAGCCCCGACACGGCGUUCACCGACGCUCGCAGUGGAAAGAACGUGACUCUGGCUGAAUAUCUGGGUCGAGGUCAGAAGCUGCUGCUGGUUCUCCUCAGACAUUUUGGAUGACUACCGUGACGAGACCACUUGGCUGAGCUGGAGGCCAGUAAGGCUGACCUGGAAGCUCGGUCACUGCGGGUCUUAAUGGUUGCUUUUGGGAAGAAGGAGGGAGCCGAGUUGUGGCUCCAGCAGACGGGGUGUACGUUUGACAUGCUGCUGGAUCCACAGAGGAAGGUUUUCAGGAAGUUUGGCCUUGUCUCGUCCUACGCCAAAGUGAUGAAGUUUGACUUUCUGCUGCAUUACUCGGAGUACAAAACUGUGGGCAUAGACUUUCCUGACAUUCCCACUCACCUGCAGGAAGAUCUCUACCAGAUGGGUGGAAACUUUCUGCUAGAUGAAGCAGGACAGGUUCUUCUUUCUCAUCCGUCUAAGACUCCGUUGGACAGGCCGUCCGUGAGGACGAUUCUGGACGCAGUGGACGCCGCCAACUCCACGUCGUAACCAUCUGACGCGAACGCAAACACGUCACUGACACCACGGGGGGAAGAGCGGCGCUCUUUGAUGCACAUAUAUGACGUCACAUCUCGCACUCGUGACGCUGCGAUGAGGUGUGACUGAGGAAAAAAACGUAUGCAGGAGACGACCGAUCUUCUCUUUUUUUGGUGUCAGUGUUUUGAUGGCUACAUUUUUAAAAUCCUCACCACUUCAUUACAUUUCAUCGCGACUGCAAAUGAAUUUAAUAGAAAUAUGUUAUUUAAUGAUAAAAUGCAUUGAUUUGCUUGAGCAAAUCCAUAAUAUGAGAGAAUAUGGCGCUUAUUAAGACAUUAUUAAGUGUUACAACGAUUAAUGGAUUACUAAAUGAGUCUUUUAGUAAUGUCCGGCUAUACGUUCAGUUUAUUGUUUUUUAAAACGAUUAUAACAAGUUUUCGGAUUUUUCAGCUUCUUAAAUGUGAAUAUU